AUGUCCGACUCAUUCAAAGAAGUGGCACAAAUCCAUGGCAUAGAGGUUGUUCAAGCGGGGCUAGAACCCGUUCCAAACCAGAAUAACCCACACCAUGUCAUCGUGCCUGUGCUGGCCAACGAGUCUGUGCCACGCGAAAACAGGAUAUGUGGUGUACGCAAGAUGACCUUCUGGCUUGCUGUAGCGGUGGCAGCUCUUGUUGCGGUCGUGAUCGCCUUAGCUGUUGGACUGGGAGUCGGCCUUACUAGUAUUACAUCCACCCCAUCAGCAUCGCUGUUCCCGCCAUCAUCCUCGUCGUCGACAUCCUCGGUAUCCAGCACAUCAACCUCGGGUCCGUCACCAACAUCCACUGCUCUCUUCGACAAGAGCACAAACUAUACUUGUCCCGAUGCCAACAACACCGAAGUAAGGAAUGUUUCGGGCGGAUCAGGAAGUUCUAGUUAUUAUAUCUUCUGCGACGCUGAUAUCAGUUCGAGUUCGAAGAAAGACUUAUCUUCAAGUGUGCAGAGCUCAUUCGCGGACUGUCUGGCGCUUUGCAACUCUAUGAACAAUUACCAGGGUCGAACGGAUGUCGGCUGCACUUAUAACUUCGAGGGUACGGGGAGUCAGGACAAAGGGACCUGUUGGUGCUUGAGUGACAAUUACCUCGUACAGCUUGACCUAUCCUCCUCAUUCUCGACUGACGAUGGCGCGAAAUAUAAGAUGAGCUUGGUUGACGGCGCGGUUCCGAAAAUCAAGGACCAAGCAAUGUGGUCGGACAAGGACAACACUACGCUGUUUACGUAUGGCGGGCGAGGCGUGGACGACACCUCGGUUGACCAGGGACUAUGGACAUACACGAUUGCCGAUGGAUCUUGGAAGUUGCAGCAGACGAGUAUUAAGCCGGUGCGACUACAAGGAGGGGCGUACGUUGAUGCGCCCCAAAUCCAAGCUGCAUAUUGGGUAGGCGGGUAUCAAGAUAGCGAUACGACGCCCGCGAUCACCGAUAAAACGGUAGACUAUGCAACGGGGAUGAUUCAAUUCAACACAACAACUGGGACCUUUACACAGUUUGAUGCUCCAUUUACCCCUGUACAGCAGGGCGCACUGGUAUAUCUUCCGGUUGGAGAGAAAGGGAUCCUAGUGUUUGUGGGGGGCGAGGUUCCGUCCAUCCAGAACGGUAUCAAUGCAACUCUGACUCCAAACCCAUGGAAUCAUGCGUGGGUCUAUGACAUCGCAGGAAACAAGUGGUACAAUCAAACCACAUCCGGCAGCGUGGCGUCACGAACCCAAUUUUGCGCAGUUGUCGAGCAAGAUCUCUCGACGUCGUCGUACCAAAUCUAUGUGAUUGGAGGAGCGGACUACGAGUCCAAGAAGUCGCUUACGGAUGUUUCCUAUCUAUCGAUCCCAUCUUUCAAAUGGUUUCAAGCCGGGCCUCUAAACAAGCCUCGUAUGACCCAUGUCUGUCAGGCAUACGGACGGCAAAUAUUCGGUGUAGGAGGCCGGCUCGCGUGGGCGGACGACGCCGAUGCAGGAUGUUACGAUACGCCUGCCUUCAUAUAUGACGCUCAAUCUGAGGUUAUCCGGGCCCAAUUUGACCCCGGACUAUCGGCUUAUUCAGUCCCCUCCGCAACCGCCGAUGACAUCAAGUCCUCGCCCUAUCCGUCGGCGUGGGCUGAUCCAGCUUUGAAAUCACUUUUUGUCCAGAAAGCUACCACCAACUCAACGGAUACCCAGCCCAACCCGUCAAGCGAAACUGACGGUUCAUCAACCCACACCGGGGCGUUAAUAGGUGGUGUGGUGGGUGGUGUUGCUGGCGCGGCUAUCAUAUUGGCAAUAGUCUUCUUCAUUCUCAGAAAGCGACGCCGAGAUUAUCAGAAGCAACCACAAGGAGAAAAGUGGUUUGAGAAUAGACCGGCCAUAAGCCGCGUGGGGGGCGAACUGCCAGCUGAAGAGCCGCAGCGGGAGUUAGAUGCGCGUAGCAAUACGCGGAGUACUGUGAAUGGCAUCAAGAAGGGCUUCGCAUACAGCAGAGGUGAGAUUAUACUCUUCAUCAUUGGACUGGCCAACUUCCGGUCAGCUGGUGACAAGUAG